AUGCGUGAGAUGAGUUACGACCCUUCACACCCGGAGAUGUUCAUCAGGAGAGCACGGCGCUGGGAUCAGCUGCCACCUGACCAACAAUCAGUUGUAGAACAAUCGGUUGUGAAAGACGGCUGGAUCCGUCAAAGAACCGCACCAAAAUUGACGACAUCAUGUCAACCGUCUGAAAUUUGUUUGCAACCUCCUGCACAACAAAUUCCAGAUUUUAUGGAGUCGGAGAAACAUCCUCCUCCAGUAAAACGUCGUGUAGCACACGUAUCAACGCUCCACCAACCAUCUCAGGCUCCAACGCCAUCAUCAUCUCGUGCUCCGAUUCCGUCACCUCGUGCUCCGAUUCCGUCAUCUCGUGCUCCGAUUCCGUCACCUCGCGCUCCAAAGCCACCACCUCAUGCUCCGAUUCCACCACCUCGCGCUCCGAUUCCGUCACCUCGUGCUCCAACGCCAUCAUCAUCUCGCGCUCCAAAGCCACCACCUCAUGCUCCAACGCCAUCAUCAUCUCGCGCUCCAAAGCCACCACCUCAUGCUCCGAUUCCACCACCUCGCGCUCCGAUUCCAUCACCUCGUGCUCCAACGCCAUCAUCAUCUCGCGCUCCAAAGCCACCACCUCAUGCUCCAACGCCAUCAUCAUCUCGCGCUCCAAAGCCACCACCUCAUGCUCCGAUUCCACCACCUCGCGCUCCGAUUCCGUCACCUCGUGCUCCGAUUCCGUCACCUCGUGCUCCGAUUCCACCACCUCGUGCUCCAACGCCAUCAUCAUCUCGCGCUCCAAAGCCACCACCUCAUGCUCCGAUUCCACCACCUCAUGCUCCAACGCCAUCAUCAUCUCGCGCUCCAAAGCCACCGCCACGUGCUGCUUCAGCUGCAAGGAGAUCAAUUCUCAUUCCUCCUCCACCACUAAAGGGAACUUUGCGCCAACGAUUGCGGCAGUCCCUUAAAAUGUUAAGAUAA